CUCCAACGAGUUUGUGAGCGGACGGCCCUCCCUCGCUGCCCCUCUCAAGUCUCAACUCCAUCCACCGCGCCGCCGGCUGGUACGCGCAAGGGCGGUACCGGCGGACGGAGAGAUCCACUGCCCGAACUCGCCAUGGGACGGCGGAUCCUCAACGACGCGCUACGCACCAUGGUGAACGCGGACCGCCGGGGGAAGGCUACGGCGCUCCUCCAGCCCAUCUCCGGCGUCAUGGUCUCCUUCCUCAACAUCAUGAAGCACCGAGGGUAUAUCAAAAACUUCGAGGUCAUAGAUCCGCAUAGAGUUGGGAAAAUUAAUGUGGAGCUUGAGGGACGUAUUAAAGAUUGCAAAGCUCUUACUUAUAGGCAAGACCUCAGAGCUAAGGAAAUCGAACAAUACAGAGUUCGGAUGCUUCCAACACGACAGUGGGGCUAUGUAGUGAUUACUACUCCAAACGGCGUUUUGGAUCACGAGGAAGCAAUCAGGCAGAACGUGGGUGGCCAGGUCCUUGGUUAUUUCCAUUGAGAAGGAACAGUGUUACCUAGUCCUGAAUGAACGGAUGGAUUGUGCCCGACUGGCAUUGUUACCCUGUUUGUUAUGACUGAAGCCAUCUGUUUGGACUGUUGCUUUUGUUCAUGGCCAACAAGAAAUGCAAUAACAUGUCAAAAGUACGGCUCGCAACACUAAGAAAUUCCAAUUGUUGAACAAACAAAAAGACUGUAAUUUCUCUUUUGGACUGAUAUCAUGUAGAUCCGUUCCGCAUCAAGAUAUUUGGAGAUACAUGAGUAAUGCUAGUUUGAAAUUCUGUGA